AUGAGCAGCGACGAGCCGCCAGUCAGCCACGUGGAUCGCGCCCACUUCAACCGCCAGGCGCGUCACCUCGCUGCUUUCGGCAUCCAGCUGCACCUCCUGCAAGGCCCGCCAAUAACACGCCGCCAGAUGGACGCUGCGUCUCGGCUUCUGACGCGCAGGGAGCUGUGUGACGUCAUGAACGAGCGCGCUACUGCAGGGUUAUGUGGUAACCCGCAGUGUACACGCACUGUAGAUGUAACGCUACAGAUAAUCUACAAUGUAACAGCGGGUUCAGGCAAGUUCUGCAGCCGCGGGUGUGAGGAGAGAGGCAGGGCAGCGGCUCUUUUCUUCCCCUGGGAGCAACGGGGAAGCAAGGGCGGAUGGGGAGGGGAUUGGAGUAGAGAUGAUUUAACUGCGAUCGUUACAGCUGUCACCACUCCUGUAUCAGGUUCGACUGCAUCAGGUUCGACUGCAUCAGGUUCGGCUGUAUUGGGUUCGGCUGGGCCCCAGUGUGUGAGUGAAGGCAGCCGCAGCAGCACAGGAGGGGAGGCUGCUGCUUUGCUGUCAGCGCGACUGCAAUCUGCUGCCACCCGCCUGUGGACUGCAGGCAUGGCAGGGGCGAGUGGCUCGGCUGGGGCGAGUGGCGGGGGAGGGAAGGGAGGAGGAAGAGGGACAAUGGGGGAAGGCGGCUUCCUGGGUUUGGUGCUCAUGGGCGGGGCUGGGGAAGAGGAGGAGAUGGAAGGGAUGGAGGGGGGUGAAGUCGGGGAUGACGAGCUUCACUCCCCUGAGGAGUGGCAGAGAGGGAACGCAGAGGCCUUCAGGGGAGUUGGAGGCAACAGGGAGGGCGGAAGAGGCUUGUGGACUGCAAGCACGCGCGCUGCCCCUCUUGAGGAUACCCCACCUGCACCUGUGUGCAGUCAUGCCCCGGAACUUGAGUCAUCAUGGGGACGAUUUGGACGAUUUGGUGCAGGAGCGUCUCAAGGCAGCGCGGCAGCACACAGCAGCGGCAGCGGUGAUGCUCACGCCACACGCGCUGCGGCUUGCAGUGUGCGCAGCAGUGGCUUGGGUGAAGGACUGCGGUCCAAUGGCCACAGCACCUGUGGCUCGCAGCAAGGAGUGGGGGAGGGCAGCAGGGAGGCGAGCGGGUGCAGCGGCGGCGUUAGUGCUGCUUUUUGGGAGGCUCUGCUGUGGGAGAGGGUGGGUGAGCGGAGGGAUGCGAGCAGCAGGUGUGCUGGCGGUGACGGGGAUGAUCCACCUCGUUUUCCUGCAGCAGCUGAAGAGGCAGCGAGGCAUGCGGAGAGGAGAAAGGGCGAAGAGGACGAGGAGCAGGGGCAUGAGAGGAGCGAAUACGAAGUGGAGGAGGAGCAGGCAGAGGAGGAAGCAGACGAGCGAGGUAGUGGGAAGGAAGCGAGGCAAGGGGACAGCACUAGCAAUGACGAGGUGGAAAGUGAGGGUGUGCGUUUGGGAGCAGAGGCGGUGUGGCAGCGGCUGAUGGCUCGCCAGGUGCAUCAAGCAGCCUGCAAGGCCCACGUGCUCUCCAUGCCUCUCCCUUCACAGACCAACCACCAUCGCUUCCCUCAUCCGCACCUCUCUCCGUCCAUCCAUCCACCCUCCUCGUUCUCCCCCUCCUCUUCCUCCUUUUCCUCCCUGUCUUCCUCCUCCUCCUCUCCCUGGCUCUACCCCUCCUACCGCAGUGCCUCCUGGCCCCUUACCUCCUCCUCUCGCCCCUCUCGCUCCUCUCGUUCCUCCUCCUCCUCCUCCUCCUCCUCCUCCUCCUCCUCCUCCUCCUCCUCCUCCUCCUCCUCCUCCUCCUCCUCCUCCUCCUCCUCCUCCUCCUCCUCCUCCUCCUCCUCCUCCUCCUCCUGCUCCUUUCCUUGGCUCCACCCCCCCUAUCGCAGUGCCUCCUCCUCCACCUUCUCCCCUCCAUCUCACUCCUCGCGCUACUCGCGCCCCUCCUCUUCUUCCCGCUGCCUGUCUUCUCCACCAACCCCCUCACAGACCUCUGUCAAGCAAACAUUCGUCCGCUCAUCAGAACCAGCACUCACCCCCACCACAUCAACCCACUGCUCCACUCCACCCACUGCCAACGCCUCUCUAUCACCCACUUCCUCUCCCCUCUCCCGCCCGCCCUGUCACUCCGCGCACAAGCCUAGCACUUCAAGGGCCGGCCUUCCUACUGCCCCCACAUGCUGUGACUCGCUUCGCCCAGCCCUGCGCACCAGCCCGCGCUAUCAGCAGGGCAGGGCGGGGCAGCCUCUGGCUUUGCCUCGAUCCGUGUCGUGGGCGGAUGCACAGGGGAAGGCUCUCACAGAGGAGCUUCAGUUCUCCGCGCGCACAUAG